AUGUUUAACUGGGUGGUGAAAGUGGUCCCCCAACUCCCUGAAGCUCCCGGGACAGAUGAAGCUGCCGACUCCCCUGCUGCUCCCACUACAAAAAACAGAGAGGUGAAGAGUCCUCCACUGAAAAACACAGAUGAGGUCACAGAGGAUGGCCAGGGCCAGACUGGAGUAUUGGGCUGGCUGUCCAAUGGGUUCGUCAGCGCUCUGCCACAACCUACUAGCUCCCCUCGCCUCAGCAGGGCCAACUCUGAUGCCAGGUCAGGAGAGGAUGGAGAGAGGUCUGGAGUGAUUGGCUGGGUGACUCAGGGUCUGACCAAGGUGCUACCUCAGCCUGAUGAAAAGUACAGAGAGACUAACGACGACAACGAUGAAGAACACACUGAGGUCUAUGAUGUAGCAACAAUGCCAGAUUAUGAUCCCCUCCCACACAUCCCAGUGGUGGAGAUGAUGUCAGAUGACGAGGUGUCGGAGGUAGAGUGUCAGAACCCUCAGUUCCCUCCCAACAUGGUGAACUGGAUAAAGCAGAUCAUCCCCCAGCCAGUUAUACUGCCCCCUGGUGCCGUGCCCAUAGAACCAUCAGCCAAGUCCUCCCGCUCAUCUCUGGACAAACUUCUGUCUCCACCACCUGAAUCUCUCAGUGGAAUCUCACUGGACACUGACAGCAAGGCCUCAGGUGUGGUUGGCUGGUUCGUGUCAGGACUGGGCCUGAAGUUGCCUCAGCCUGCCAUUCAACCCAAAGAUGAUGCUGAGGGUGCAGCUGAAGUUCUACAGAAAGCUUCAUCCAAACUCAAACCUGACAUGGUACUGGAAGACAUGGAGUCAGACAACGAGGGUCAGCAGAAAUGUGAGGGUGGUUCCAAAGCUGAAGCACCUUCCACAUCGCUGACUCCACCAUCGCCGGCAACACACCAACAGCUGGAGGCAACACAGCAGACACAGUCCAGUUCACUGUCCAUGGCAUCCAUGCAGUCCCAGAAGUGCGAUGAUGCCAGUCCAGUACCAGAGCCAUCAGAGUGUGUGACAAAAAUAUCUCAGGAAGAUGCCGAGACUCAGACAGGCCGCUGGACGCCGUUUAUUGAGAGCAUCAAGAAGGAGGCUGAAGAUGGAGCUUUGGCCACCAUGGAGGAACGUCUGCUGCAGGAGCGCAUGGAGAUGGCACGUAUGGCUGAGGAGGUGGCCAGGCAGACAGCUGAGAUGGCCAUUAGACAGAUGGCCAGUGAGGGACACUCCAUCAAACUCUCACUAGGGAGUCAAGAACUGCUGGAUGAGCCUGAAGUCGAGCUGCCAGUGCCAGAAGAAGAAGAAGAGAGUGAAGAAGAGCACAGUAAAGUCACAGAAAGGGAAGAGAGCAUUGCUGUGGAAGAACAGGAGGAAGAGGAAGAGACCGAGGAGCCUGCCACCACAGAACCAGAGCCAAAGAAGGAAGCAGAGCCUCAGUGCAUCUCCCCAUCUCCACCUCCAAGUCCUGAAUCAGUUAAGUCCUGUGAGUCGGAGCCUGAAUCUGAACCAGAACCAGAACCAGAGACUAAGACCCAGGAAGCCAAUUCAGAAGCUGAGCCUAUCACCCGGCAGCCGCAGAAAGCAGAGGAAGACGGUCAAGGCACCAACGCUGACAAAGCUGCUGAAAAAGAGGAGGAAGCUACAGGGGAUGGCUGCGGUGCUCCAGUCAGCUGUGAUGCGUUUAAGAGUUGCCUGAUGCGCAUUCCUCACACCUCUGAGUGCCUCGGCAAUAUCAACGCAUUCUUCAAAGAGAACGGCAUCUCCCCCCCGAAAAUACCCUCCAUGCCUAAGCUACCCACCCAACUCUCUGACGUGACCAAGUACUUACCCACCUUACCCCCUGAAUUACGCCAAGAGCUCUCCCAGAUCAGACUCACACAGGUCCCCCGAAACAUUGCCCAGACUCUGACUGAAAUUUUGCCCAAAAGCUCAGAGGGUUCAGUCGGUCCCAGUCUGUCCAGUCUUUCCCAGAGCUUUUCAAACAUCCCGGAGAAACUCUCCCAGUUUCCCAGCCGGACGCAGCAGUACUUCCUCAACCUCCGGUCCCGCUCCCCGUCUCCAUCCUCCCCCAGUGGUAGCGCCCUCGAGUUGCCCAAUGUGCCAUCCUAUCCACGUCUGCCUCCAAUUGUCAGCCCCCCGUCAAAGCAGCUCAACUCCCCGUCCCACCAGCUGUCUGGUCUCUCUAACCCAGCGUUCUUCAUUGAAGAUGACUCAGACAUUUCAGCAAUAAGACCCGCAGAGACCUCCAGCCUCAGCCUUCGUCCGGCCGUCAAUGUAGAGGACGUUGACUCAGACCAUGAGAGAAAAGGAGGAGCAGGAGGAGGAGGAGGAGGGAAUGAGGAGCAGAGUACUAUCCCCCAAAUUCUCACCCCACAGGACCCCAAACUUACAACCCUCACCGUCCCUGUGACCCCAUCUGGAGGUCGUCAGAGUAGAAGGCUGCAAUCUCAAAGUGAAGAUGAUGAUGAAGAUGGAAGCAUCCCUGUCAGAGCCUGGCCCAGCCAGUCCAGCCUGCACAGCACAGACGACAUUCUUAAAGAACGUCCAGCAUCUUCAGCCAGUCAGACCAGCACAGUGGUGAACGAGCGUCUGCAGGAGCUGGUCAGGAUGUUUAAAGAGAGGACAGAGAAAGCCAAGGAGAAACUCAUUGACCCUGACAGCUCCGAUGAAGACAGCGUCAUCUCCUCUCCUCCUCAGGCCUCAGCUCCUCAGCCUGCUCCUGGAGCGCAGCCGGUGGAUGGGGGAGAGAAGGAGGCAAAAGCAGGUCCAUCAGGAGGAGGAGGAGGAGGAGGAGGAGGAGGAGGAGAAGGCGGGGUGGAGAGUGAGGCAGAGGAGGAGCAGUCUAGCAGCUGUUGCAAGGUGAAAGCUCCUCGGUGGAUACGAGCCUGUGUACACUACUGUUUCCCCGCCAGCAUCGACCCUUUCACCAACCUAAUGUAUGUGCUGUGGAUGUUUUUGGUUUCUCUUGCGUGGAACUGGAACGUAUGGUUCAUCCCGGUGCGCUGGGCUUUCCCCUAUCAGACUCCAGACAAUAUUUACUACUGGCUGCUGACUGACUACCUGUGUGACCUCAUUUACAUCCUGGACAUCACCGUCUUCCAGCCACGUCUGCAGUUUGUUCGUGGAGGGGACAUAGUGAGUGACAAAAAAGAGAUGAGGAAGAAUUACAUGAAAACCAAACGCUUCAAAUUUGAUGUAGCCAGCCUUGUUCCCUUGGAGCUCUUCUAUUUUAAAACCGGCAUCAACCCCCUGCUCCGCUUACCCAGGCUGCUGAAGAUCAACUCCUUCUUCGAGUUCAACGAGCGUCUAGAGGCCAUCUUGACCAAAGCCUACAUCUACAGGGUGAUCCGUACCACCACCUAUCUUCUUUAUUGUCUCCACUGUAAUGCCUGUCUCUACUACUGGGGCUCUGCCUUAAAAGGACUGGGAUCUACCAAAUGGGUGUACAAUGGCGAGGGAAACAGCUACAUUCGCUGUUACUACUUUGCGGUGAAGACCCUGAUCACCAUUGGAGGUCUGCCAGACCCCACCACCCUGUUUGAGAUUGUCUUCCAACUCAUCAACUACUUUGUUGGAGUCUUUGCCUUCUCUAUCAUGAUUGGACAGAUGCGUGAUGUGGUUGGUGCAGCCACAGCAGGUCAGACCUACUACCGCACAUGUAUGGACAACACUAUUAAAUACAUGUCCUCAUAUCGCAUCCCCAAAGACGUCCAGAACCGCGUCAAAACCUGGUACAACUACACUUGGCAAUCUCAAGGCAUGCUGGAUGAGCAGGAGCUGCUGACUCAGUUGCCAGAUAAAAUGCGUCUGGACAUUGCUAUAGACGUCAACUACUCCAUCGUGAGCAAAGUCCCUCUAUUUCAGGGUUGUGACCGACAGAUGAUCUUUGAUAUGCUGAAAAGCCUGCGCUCUGUUGUCUACCUGCCAGGGGAUUAUGUCUGCAAAAAGGGCGAGGUGGGUCGGGAGAUGUACAUCAUAAAGGCAGGGGAAGUGCAGGUGGUUGGAGGUCCCGAUGGGAAGACGGUCUUUGUCACUCUCAGAGCAGGAUCAGUCUUUGGAGAGAUCAGUUUGCUUGCAGUAGGCGGGGGUAAUAGGCGCACAGCCAAUGUGAUUGCUCAUGGUUUUGCCAAUCUCUUCAUCCUGGACAAGAAAGACCUGAAUGAGAUCCUGGUCCACUACCCUGAGUCCAAGAAACUGCUCCGCAAGAAGGCCAGGAAGAUGCUUACCAAGGGGAAGAAACCUGAGCCCAAAGAAGAGGCUAAGGAACCCCGUCAGGUACCGGCAGCCCCGGUCAGGCAGGAGACUCCCAGACUGCUGAGAGCUGCCCUGGAAAUGACAGAGAAGUCCUCUAGACUUAAAGGAGCUCUGGCUAAAGUCAAAGAGAAGACCAACAAGUCCACUCUGGACCUGACAGAGAUGCGGACACGCCUUCACCCGUCUCUGCCAGCUCCACCACAUUUCACUCUGCAUCCCACUGUCACAACAACAGCUCUGUGA